AUGCGAUUGAUCCUGUUUUUUGGUGUCCUUUGGGGGCAUAUCUACUGUGGAGAAACAUCUGUGGGAGACCAAGUUCUUGAGAUCACACCAAGGAAUGAAGAACAAAUAAAAACUCUGGUGGAAUUGGAGGCUGACGAACAUCUUCAGAUAUCUCUUGAUUUCUGGAAAUCACCCACCAUCCCAGGAGACACAAUCCAUGUCUGAGUUCCCUUUGUCAGCAUCUAGGCAGUCAGUUUCCUUAAAUCCGAGGGAAUUGCUUAUUCCAUUGUGAUUGAAGAUAUUUCCUGAGAAAUGGAUAACCUCGUUGCUGAGCACCCUGGUCUAGUGAGCAAAAUGAACAUUGUCUAUUCUUUCAAAAACCGGCCCAUGAACGAGCUCAAGUUCAGCACGGGAGGAGACAAGCUGGCUAUCUGGCUAGAGGCUGGGAUCCAUGCCGGUGAGUAGGUUACACAAGCUACUGCACUGUGAACUGCAAAUAAGAUUGCCUCUGAUUAUGGAAAUGACCCAUCCAUCACUUUAUUGGAUAUGAUGGACAUCUUCCUGCUCUCUGAUGGCUAAGUGUUCUCUCAAACAAAGAAUCGUAUGUGGCAGAAGACCCAGUUCAAGGUAUCUGGAAGCCUCAGUGUUGGUGUUGAUCCUAACCGGAACUGGGAUGUGGGUUUUGGAGGACCUGGAGCCAGCAACAACCCUUGCUCUGACUCAUACCAUAGACCCAGUGCCAACUCUGAAGUUGAAGUGAAAUCCAUAGUGGACUUUACCAAGAGUCCUGGAAAAGUCACGGCCUUCAUUACCUUCCACAGCUAUUCCCAGCUGCUGAUGUUCCCCUAUGGGUAUAUAUGUGCCGAAUCACAUAAAUUUGAUGAGCUGUCAGAUGUGGCCCAAAAGGCUGCCCAGUCUCUGACAAGCCUGCACAGCACCAAGUACAAAAUGGGACCUGUCUGCUCAGUCAUCUACCAAGCCAGUGGAGGAAGCAUUGACUGGUCCUAUGACUCUGGAAUCAAAUAAUCAUUUGAAUUUGAACUGGGAGACACAGAUCGAUAUGAGUUCCUUCUGCUGGCCAAUCAGAUCUUACCCACAGUGAAAGAGACCUGGUUUGGCUUGAAGACAGUCAUGGAGCAUGUGUGAGACCACCCCUAUUAA